AUGUUUAGCAGUUUUUUACCAGCUUGGGGAUUCCGAGCUACCAAGACCAUAAAUAAAACCGACAAUCCCACCCAACUCACCCAAAAAAAUGGAGAAAAGACUGAUUUGAACGAUAUUGUAAUCGAGCUUCCAAGUCUCUCUACCACCUCCAAAUUGAUUUUACACCCACUUCUUUUCAAUGGAGUGCUCCAGACCAUGUAUUAUGGUAGUUCUGGUGGUCAAGAAGGGUUCAAAGUAUGGUAUGGACGUGAGCUCUUUUCCUAUAAAAAUGGAGGUAUUAGCUCUCUCGAUUGGGUGAUUGAAGAAGAAGCACCCGAAUUAUUCAAGGGAAAGUAUAACGAGACUUUACCCGAGAACUGGCCUCGCUUGUUCCCCAGAACCCGGUUCUUCACAGCUGAAGAACUCGAAAACCUCAAGAAUAAUUCGUCAGAAACCAAGCCUUUGGUAGUGAUUUUACAUGGUUUAGCUGGUGGCUCUCACGAACCACUUGUGAGAAACUUUGCCGAAUUGCUCACCUCUGGUAAAAACAAGGACAAAUUUGAUGUGGUUGUGAGCUUAAGUAGAGGAUGUGGUCGUACUAAGGUCACUAGUGGUCACUUGUUUAAUGCUUUGAGUAGUACUGAUGAUAUCCAUGAAGUUCUCUUGGAAAUGAAGAAUCGAUAUCCUAAUAGACCUAUUUAUGCCGUUGGAUUCUCAUUUGGUGCCUUGACAUUGUUAAACUACUUAGGAACGUAUGCAAAUGAAAGCUCAAAACUUUUAAAAGCAGCUGCAAUUGUUGGAUGUCCUUUCGAUUUAGGAGAAUCUACUCGGUUUAUUGAAUCGUCUUGGAGUGGAGCUUACCUUUUCAAUAAGUCCAUUCUUGCUUUCUUGAACAAAUUAGUCAAAAACAACUUGAAUGAGUUAAACAAGUAUGAACCCGAAUUGUUCAACAAGGAAAACCUUGCAAUCACAAUGGCUGCAAAAGAGACUCGAGUGUUCGACGAAGUUUUCACUUCUAAGAGUGCUGGUCUCAAUACAGCCGACGAAUACUACAAAACCAGCUCCAGUUUGACUUGGAUCCCUCAGGUCAAAGUUCCGUUAUUAUCUAUUUCAUCGUCUGAUGACCCAACAAUAGGAAAGUUCAUUCCAACUGAAUUGCUCAAACAAAAUCCAAACAUCGUCUCGGUCGUCACCGAUUUAGGGGGACACUUGGCUUUUGUGACUCCAUCCAAGCAGUUUUGGAGUGUUCGUGUCAUUGACGAGUUUCUAGAGGCCAUGGAAACCACCUUAUAA